AUGGCACCCUUCAGGAGGAUAUGCUUGCUGUACGCCUCAAAGUUAGCUAACCAGCGCCUGGCGUUCACCUUGACCCUGUUGGCAGUAUGUGCUGCCAAGGGAGUGCAUCUUCAUAAUCACAGAGCUUCAGUGACGCCCAAGCGCAUGCUUCUCUUCUUUUUCUCCUUCUUUACCCAAGAUGUCCUUUUGCUCCUUCUAAUCAGACUUCUCCUGAGCCAUUGGGUGCCUGGUGCUGCCAAGCCACGGAGAGUCGUCAAUACACUUGCAUACUCCUUGAUGACCUACAACACUAUCAUUUGCACUGUCUCAGUUUCUUUUUAUCUAGUAUCGGGGUCUGAAAUCCACUGGCGCAAUAUCGGUUUUAUGGCUGAUCCUACGGCGCAAGCGAUUAUUCUAUCGGGUCUGACUGCUUUCAUCGGUGUCUUUGGUGUCUUCGCUUGCCUAGCCGCACUGCUUCAGUUCCCUUGCUACACCCUCUUCGGCUGGGGUGGAGACCUCGUCAAUUGGCCCCUUAGCUUCAUCUGUCGCAAAUUGGGUCAUCGAUUUAGCUACGAUGCGGUAUGGCAAGGAGAAGACCUUUCAUGGCUCGAUAUCGAGAGCAGCGCGUAUCACGACAAGGAACUCAAGCGAAAGCUCAGCUCACCUUCAGUCUCGCUGUUGAGUUCACCACGAAGCUCAAGAGGAGGUUCACCAGUACGAAGCUCUCGAUUCGGGCGUUUUCUACGGAUACUUCCUUACCCGAUUGUUACUCUUCUAUUAACGGCACUUUUUAUCCUGACUUUUAUCCGACCCAAGGACCCUUCAUUGAUCUUUCUUUCUUGGACUACUGGGCUCUUACCCUUCGUCGACUUUGCCUCGUCACCAUUCCUCGACAAUCUCCCUUUGGUUUUCGGAAAGGGAGUACAGCGAACCUGGGACGAUCGAACCGCACUCGUACAACCUACCCCUUUCAGCUGGCUUCCGAUGGACAUACCAGCUCUGGACGGAUUCAAAGACUGGUAUCUCGAUCAACCGCACUAUAGCGCCAAGUCGGACCCUAUGAGAGUGUCAAAUCUAGACGAGCCAUUGCGGGAUUCCCUGAAAGGAAAAUUAGAAAAGCUCAACAUUCGACAUGUAGUUCUAUUCUUCCUGGAGAGUACCCGACACGAUGUAUUUCCUAUCAAAAAAGAUGGACUAGUCUGGAAUCGCUUUGCGGAGACCUUUCCGCAUGGUCUGCCACAAGAAGUUCAGGAGAAACUUGCCAACUUGACACCAACAGCAAACUACAUCACAGGCGAUUACGCAGACGGUUUCGAACACGCCAGCAAACCGGUACGAGGAGGGAUUCGCUUUACAAACGCACAUACCUCAGGAACAUACACCCUCAAAAGCCUAACAGGUUCAAUCUGCGGUUUAUCCCCUCUAGCAGCAGAUUUCAACCUCGAUUACAGCCAUCACAUCUACCAGCCUUGCUUGCCGCAUAUUUUCAACGCACUCAAUAAAGCAGAGGAGAGACAAGCCCGCACAAAGGAAGCCAGCCAAAAGGACAAGUGGAAGUCGUACUUUUUCCAAGCUGCGAAACUCAACUACGAUAGCCAUGGUGCUUUGAUGUCGGCGAUGGGUUUCCCGGAUGAGGGGAUUAUUGGCCAGGAAUAUCUUCGCAGCGCGAACGCAAGGCAUGGACCUGUCACGUUGGAGAAUAUUAAUGACUUUGCCUUUGAAGAAGAUCCACUGGAGGACUAUAUUACUGAUGUCUUCGAAAGCGCCAACAAGGAGAACAACCGUGUAUUUCUGAGCCAUAUCACAUCGACCAGCCAUCAUCGGUUUCACAUGCCCAAGAGAGAAAAGUAUACACCUCUAGCGAACGGUGGCCAUCUCGAUAUGAUGUCACGAUAUAUCAACACAAUCGGAUACGAAGACAGAUGGAUUCGCAAGGUGCUCGAUAUCUUGGACAAACAAGGAGUUGCCAAUGAAACCUUGGUCAUCUUUCAAGGCGACCACGGUGUAUCUCUCCCAGAGAAUGACAUCGCCUCGCCAUACUAUAACCCCAAUGUCGGUGUUGAGCAUGUCCCCCUUGUCCUCUCCCACCCGCAUCUCCCAGCCUUCGACGUAGAAGAAGGCGUGCACGCAACUCAAAUCCUCCCCACAAUCCUAGACAUCCUCCUCGAAACAGGCUCCCUCAGCAAAACAAGCCGACAAGCAGCCCAGGACCUAAUACGGAAUUACGAAGGGCAAUCGCUUCUUCGACCUUUAGCUACGGGUAAUGGUCAAUGGCAGUUCACAAUCACCAAUCCUGGGCGUGCUAUGCUUAGUAUCCGAGAUGGUAGGUAUCCAGAGCGUCAUCUUGUAGUGCCGAUAAUAGAACACGUGGCGUGGAAGCUGGCGGAUUUGACGAAGGAUCCUUAUGAACAUAAUCCUGUACAGGCGUUGGAUUUUAAAUCGUUCUUGGAGGAGGUGGAACAGAGGUUUGGAAGGGAUGUUGCGGAGUGGGCGGAAGAAGGUGCUUUUAUGACGAGAUGGUUUGUCAAGGAAAACAGCAAGCGUUGGCGUUUUGAUCUUUAA